UCGUGCACCACUCGCGCUUGACUACGGACGUGUUUUCGGGUCGAAGUCAUAGUCAUCGAAACAUCGCCACGGAUCGGUCGAAGAGGUUACAAAACUCGUCAAUUGACAUAAAUUGAGUGCAAUUUGCAGAGUGCGAAAUGUGUGUCUAACUGAACCAACAAAAUCGCUAAAUUCUCCGUCUUGUCGCGUGUUCAGCUCACUUCGUCAGCUUAAUUAGAGAACAUAAACAAAUCGCAUUCCGCAUCCGCGAUGGCCGACGAAAGUCUGCACACCAUGCCGCUGGAGCACAACAUCGACUAUCACAUCGUCACGUUGUUUGAGCGUUUGGAGGCGAUGCGCAAGGAUUCGCACGGCGGAGGCCAUGGGGUCAACAAUCGGUUGUCCAGCACCUUGCAGGCACCCAAGCGCAACAUGCAGGCCGAGAUUCGCACGCUGGAGUUUUGGAGAUCCAUCAUCAGCGAGUGUCUGGCCUCGUUCCUCUACGUGUUCAUCGUCUGCGGUGCCGCCGCGGGCGUUGGCGUGGGUGCCAGUGUGUCGUCCGUGCUUUUGGCCACGGCUCUGGCCUCCGGACUGGCGAUGGCUACCCUGACGCAGUGCUUCCUCCACAUCUCGGGCGCCCACAUCAAUCCCGCCGUCACCAUCGCCCUCUGCGUAGUGCGAUCUAUAUCUCCGAUCAGAGCAGCCAUGUACAUUACCGCCCAAUGUGGCGGAGGAAUCGCUGGAGCCGCGCUCCUUUAUGGUAUUCCAUUUUGCAGAGUAACGGUGCCAGGAUACCAGGGGAAUCUGCAGGCCGCCAUCUCACAAUUCGCUGCUCUGGCCGCCUGGGAAAGGUUUGGAGUGGAAUUCAUCCUCACCUUUCUGGUGGUUCUGUGCUAUUUCGUAUCCACGGAUCCCAUGAAGAAGUUCAUGGGCAACUCGGCCGCCUCGAUUGGAGCUGCCUACAGUGCCUGCUGCCUUGUGUCGAUGCCCUACCUGAAUCCAGCCCGCUCCCUGGGUCCUUCGUUUGUGCUGAACAAAUGGGACAACCACUGGGUGUACUGGUUCGGACCCCUGGUGGGUGGCAUGGCCUCCGGCCUUGUGUACGAGUACAUCUUCAACUCGCGCCGACACAUGCGCCACACCAAGGGCAGCAGCGACAACGACUCCAGUUCGAUUCACUCGGAGGACGAGCUGAACUACGACAUGGACAUCGAGAAGCCCAGCAAGUACCAGCAGUCGCAGGGCACGUACCCACGUGGUCAGUCCAACGGCAAUGGCGGUGCUCAGGCGCCUGGAAAUGGUCAGCACCAAGCCGCUAAUAUGGGUCAGAUGACCGGGGUGGUGGCUAAUCCCGGGCAGGGCAACUACUGCCAGAACCUGUACACGGCUCCUCCACUCUCCUCGAAGUACGAGCAGCAGCAGGAGCCGCUCUAUGGCGGAACCCGCUCCCUCUACUGCCGCUCGCCCACUCUGACCAGAAGCAACCUGAAUCGAUCGCAAUCCGUGUACGCGAAGAGCAAUACGGCCAUCAACCGAGACAUUGUUCCGCGUCCAGGUCCUCUGGUGCCCGCCCAGAGUCUCUAUCCUAUGCGCACCCAGCAACAGCAACAACAACAGCAGCAGCAGCAGCAACAACAGCAGCAGCAACAGGUGGCCCCUGCUCCUCAAUCCUCGCAUCUCCAGAACCAGAAUGUCCAGAAUCAGAUGCAGCAGCGCAGCGAGAGUAUCUACGGAAUGCGUGGCUCCAUGCGAGGACAACAACAGCCGCUCCAACAGCAGCAGCAGCAACAACAGCAGCAACAGCUCCAGCAGCAACAGCCGAACAUGGGAGUCCAGCAGCAACAGUUGCAACCUCCUCCGCAAAUGAUGCCUGAUCCUCAGCAGCAACCACAAGGUUUCCAGCCGGUCUACGGCACCCGCACGAAUCCCACGCCCAUGGACGGCAAUCACAAGUACGAUCGGCGUGACCCGCAGCAAUUGUACGGCGUGACGGGACCAAGGAAUCGCGGACAGUCGGCUCAGUCGGACGACAGCUCCUAUGGCUCGUAUCAUGGCUCAGCGGUCACACCACCGGCUCGUCAUCCCAGCGUGGAGCCAUCGCCUCCGCCGCCGCCCAUGCUGAUGUAUGCCCCGCCGCCCCAGCCAAAUGCAGCCCACCCGCAACCCAUUCGCACCCAGUCGGAGCGAAAAGUGAGUGCUCCAGUGGUAGUAUCUCAGCCUUCCACCUGUGCCGUGACCUACACGACCUCACAAGGACCAGCGGUGGCCACCCAACAGCAGCAGCAGCAACAACAGCAGCAGCAACAGCAACAUCAGCAGCAACAACAACAACAGCAGAUGAUGAUGCAGCAACAGCAGCAACAUUAUGGAAUGCUGCCGCUGAGGCCCAACUGAAAGCGGCUGUCAUGGGGUCCGGUGACCACGCCGCCGCCUGGGAUUCACGCCCUCGCCAUCCAACCGGGAGGCACCAUGACCCUGCACCGCUGCAGCCUAGCCAAGCAGAGCAGUUUGUUUUAGUCGUAGUCGUAGAAGCACUCGGGCACCGCAUCCAAAGGAAAUGUACGCAAGUCUCAGCCCUUAGUCUAGCAUAGUCCUAGUUUAGAUAGACGCAGAAUAGCCACAUUGUAUUAUUCAGAGCCAACGCGACGAGGAACUCACACCUAGCAGCAGACAACGAUGCGAUCAAGCAUAGAAUAUUUAGUCUUAAGAAACUAAUAAUGGCAAACGUUUACUAUACACUAACAGCUCAAACUAAACGAGUAUAGGUGAUCUAGACUGAAAGAUAGAUGCAUUUACUUAAGCUAUUUCCUUUGUUUUCGUUAAAAGAAUUUACCUUUUUUUGUUUUGUCCAAAUCUUUCGAUGUCAAUAUAUAUGUUUUAACUUUUUAAUGAAGAGACACUUGAAUGUAAAACCAUGAUUUUUAAUCAAGUCUGUGUUUAAACUUGUUAGUUUUGGCCAAAUUUCGUUUCUUAUAAAACUAAAAAUUAGACUGAACAAAUUUGAACACCAUUUAUAUAGCCCGUUUAUAAACUUAUAUUUUCAUGUUAAUUUAAACAUCUUCCAUUUUCAAAGAAUUAUCAAAGAUUUUCGCUUAUUUUUUGAUUUAUCGAUUUUAAUUUGUACAUAAUGUCAUUAUAGGUUUAGUGUUACACAUGUCUAAUCUAUUCCUGUAAAUGUUAGGACCUUAAGCUCAGAAGUCGAUACCAACUUAUAUGAAUACGGUUAUAUCUAUGUAUUAAAUAUAGUUAUAUUUACUUAGUGAUAAACACGCUUGGUAAUAGUUGUUAGCCUAAG